CCAAUAGUAACACCUUAAUCUAUAUUGGUUCUUUUGUUUCAACAUUGCUUAGCUUUGUCCAUUGUAUAUCAGUUGUUAUAUAUUCGGUUUUUUAAGUUGCUUGCCGAAUCUGUGAUAACAACUAUGAAGUCCUCCAAGGAAGAAAACGAUAAGUUAGACAAAACAUAUAAGAAAUGUAACGAGAAAAAAUCGAUAACUGUAAUCUUCAGAUAUGCUGAUUGGAUUGAUGUUUUACUAAUGUUGUUGGGUAGUUUUGGAGCGAUAGGAGAUGGAAUGGCAAUCAACUGGUUCUUAGUCUCCUCUAGUCAGAUUAUGAACACAUUAGGGUAUGGGAAGCGUGCAGAGAAUCAAGAAACUUUCAUGAAUGAGGUUGAAAAGACCAUCAUUUACUUUGUUUACUUGGGACUAGCUGUCUUUGUUGUGGCUUUCAUGGAAGGUUACUGUUGGAGCUGGACGAGUGAACGGCAAGUUCUUAGGAUUCGGCACAAGUACCUGGAAUCAGUUCUUAGACAAGAAGUCGGUUUUUUUGACUCGCAAGAAGCAUCUACUUCAGAGAUUAUCAACAGUAUAUCUAAGGAUACUUCACUUAUACAAGAGGUUCUAAGUGAGAAGGUACCCUUAUUCUUGAACCACACAUCUAAUUUUGUAUCCGGACUUGCAUUCUCAAUAUACUUUUCAUGGAGGCUCUUCUUAGUAGCAUUUCCCUUAAUAUUCCUGCUAGUAAUUCCUGGAAUUAUCUAUGGGAAAUACCUUAUCCAUCUUACUAGGAAGUCUGCAAAGGAGUAUGGCAAAGCAAAUACGAUAGUAGAACAAGCUCUAAGCUCUAUAAGAACCAUCUAUUCUUUCACGGCCGAAAAAAGGACAGUGGAGAGGUACUCGGCAAUACUAAAUCUAACUAUGAAGCUUGGGAUCAAACAAGGUCUCGCUAAAGGACUUGCGAUAGGAAGCACUGGCCUAACGUAUUCGAUAUGGGCAUUGCUCGGUUGGUAUGGAAGUCGCUUAAUAAUGUAUAAAGGGGAGACUCCAGGAAGAAUUUACUCAGCAGGACUUUCUUUUGUCAUGGGCGGUCGAUGUCUUGGAGUGGCUUUUCCAGAUAUUAAGUAUUUCACAAAAGCAUCCAUCGCAGCAGCUAGACUGUUCGAAAGGAUUGAUCGGGUUCCUAAAAUUGACGGGGAGAACGUAAAGGGUCUAGUUUUAAAUCAAAUUCAUGGUGAAUUGACAUUCGACCAUAUCCAGUUCACAUAUCCUUCUGCACCCAAUACCAUUGUCCUUAAAGAUUUUAAUCUCAAGGUUCAAGCAGGGCAGACAGUUGCUCUGGUUGGUGCAAGUGGGAGCGGGAAAUCGACCGCAAUUGCGUUGUUGCAGCGAUUUUAUGAUUCAGAUAAGGGAGUAGUAUUGAUCGACGGUGUAGACAUAAAGACUUUACAAUUGAAAUGGCUAAGAGGAAACAUGGGUCUUGUUAGCCAAGAGCAUGCUCUUUUCGGGACAACGAUAAAGGAGAAUAUCAUGUUCGGGAAACCGGAUGCACCCAUGGAUGAGAUUAUAGCUGCAACAAUGGCAGCUAAUGCUCACAAUUUCAUUAGGCAGCUACCAGAAGGGUAUGAGACUAAGGUAGGAGAAUGUGGAGCUCUUUUGUCUGGUGGCCAGAAGCAGAGGAUAGCCAUAGCUAGAGCCAUCAUCAGAAAUCCAGCAAUUCUCCUCCUUGACGAAGCAACCAGCGCCCUUGAUUCGGAAUCCGAAGUACUUGUCCAAAGGGCCCUUGAUCAAGCCUCAAUGGGAAGAACAACACUGGUUGUUGCACACAAGCUCUCCACCAUAAAAAAUGCUGAUCAAAUAGCAGUUGUUAAUGGCGGUUGCAUCCUUGAAAUAGGAUCUCACAGCGACCUCAUUACCAAGACAAACGGUCACUACGCAAAAAUGCAAACGCAAUUCAGGAAUGAUGACCAUGAACAAGUCUCUGAUUCUUAUAUUUCUUCAGUCACGAGAAGCAGUGCACACCCACUAAACAGCUUAACAAAGUUUAGCCCAGCUUCCUUCUCCGCAUCUCCAUUUCAUGUUGACAACCUACCUAUUAUCGCCCCAUCUUAUCCUCCACCAUCAUUUUAUCGGCUUUUGGCCAUGAAUUCUCCUGAAUGGAAGCAUGGGCUAAUUGGUGGCCUUUCUGCAAUAACAUUUGGUGCAGUACAACCUGUUGCAGCAAUAACAAUUGGAGGCAUGAUAUCUGUGUUCUUCGUCCAUAACCACGAGGAAAUGAAGGCUCGUAUUCAUACCUAUUCCUUAAUCUUCUCCUUCCUCUCAAUCGUCUGCAUAUUAGUAAACGUCAUCCAACACUACAAUUUUGCCUACAUGGGGGAACAGCUAACUAGAAGAAUUCGAUUACAAUUGCUCGAAAAGCUCCUUACUUUUGAAGUAGCUUGGUUUGACCAUGAGCAAAAUUCUAGUGGAGCAUUGUCUUCUAGGCUCAGUAAUGAAGCUUCCAUGGUCAAGUCACUAGUUGCUGAUAGGGUCUCUUUACUAGUGCAGACUUCUUCAGCUAUAGUUACAGCUACAAUUAUGAGUCUACUUGUAGCAUGGAAGCUCGCGCUGGUCCUAAUCGCACUGCAACCGGUAACCAUUUUAUGUCUAUACAUUCAGAAGGUGUUACUGUCAAGUGUCAGUCACAGCAUUGUUAAGGCACAGCAUUUAAGUACCCAGAUUGCAGUUGAAGCAGUGUACAAUCAUAGAAUUAUCACUUCUUUCGGGAGUGUAACGAAGGUUCUUGAGCUAUUUGACAAAGUUCAAGAGCAGCCGCGGAAAGAUGCAACCAAGAAAGCAUGGUUUAUGGGCAUAGGGAUGGGAUCUGCAUUGUCUGUCACUUUCUUGUCGUGGGCUCUUGAAUAUUGGUAUGGUGGUAAACUAGUAGAUUCAGGUCAGAUUUCUGCUGGAGAUGUUUUCAAGAUCUUUAUAAUAUGGGUAACCACAAGCAAGGUUAUCGCUGAAACUGGCAGCAUGACUUCUGAUCUAGCCAAAGGUGCAACUGCUGUUGCAUCGUUAUUCGAGGUGCUUGAUCGACAAACCCUGAUUUCAAGGUCUCACCAAGUAGGCAGCAAUGUAACAGGAAUAAAGCUGAAGGGAAUGACUGGAGCCAUAGAGCUGAAUAAAGUUGACUUUGCCUAUCCAAAUCGGCCUGAUCGCCUAGUAUUGCACCAGUUCUGCUUAAAGGUGGCAGCGGGCUCAAGCAUCGGCCUUGUUGGAAAAAGUGGUUGUGGAAAAUCAACGGUGAUCGGGUUGAUUCAGAGAUUUUAUGACGUCAGUGGCGGAGCAAUAAAGGUGGAUGGAGUGGACUUGAGGCAACUUGAUGUGAACUGGUACAGGAAGCACGUAGCAGUUGUUAGUCAAGAACCUGUAAUAUAUUCUGGCACCAUACAUGACAACAUCAUCUUCGGGAACAAUGAAGCAUCAGAAACGGAGGUAGUGGAAGCCGCUAAAGCAGCCAAUGCACAUGAGUUCAUAUCAACACUAAAAGAAGGUUAUGAGACAGAAUGCGGGGAGAGAGGAAUGCAGUUAUCAGGAGGACAGAAACAAAGGAUUGCCAUAGCAAGAGCCAUUGUUCGUAACCCAAAUAUACUCUUACUUGACGAAGCUACAAGUGCUCUUGACGUGCACUCAGAACAAGUUGUACAAAAGGCACUAGACCGAAUAAUGCUCAAAAGAACCACUAUUGUAGUUGCACAUCGGUUCAACACAAUAAAGAAGGUCAACUCAAUCGCCUUUGUUGAAGAAGGAAGGGUUACUGAACAAGGAACCUACCAGGAACUUAACAAUAAUAAAGGGUCAUUCUUCAAUCUUGCUAAACUUCAAAAAUGACUACUUAGACAUGCGCCUAUUACCCUUUUUUAUUUGUUCUGCAACUUGUAACUAGACUAAAAUCCUAAUAACUGUUUAUAGUAUAAUACCAGUAAGAGACUCCUUACAAGUCUUCCAGGAUCAUUCAAUUCCUUUGUACGAAAUCAUUCAAUUGAAUGCAAAAAUCAUCCAUCAUUAUAAUGUGA